AUGGCUCGCACUUGUAACGUAUUUCGAUGGAUUUGUAAGGCUGGAGAUGCUACUAUAUGCCGACGGCCAAAACUAGACGAUGAUAAUAAUAGUAUAAUAUUUACAAAUACAUCAGAUACAGAAUAUACACAUACAACGAGAUGCAAGCAUAAACCCUCCAACACACGCGAAACAAGUGAAAGGGAAAUAUGGAGAAAUAAAGUGGGAGGUGACUUUACUCCAACCGGUUCAUUAAAAGAUAGAGGGAAGAAAAAACAUAAAAGCCUUCCAGUACCGUCAUGGAGAAACUCUCUUAAUGCAGGUGGAAGUUCAAAGAAGCUUGGUCUCGUCGUUGAUACACGUCGAUUUUGUAUGGUAGAUCCAUUCAAUUCGACUAUAAAUCGAAAGAGUUUUGUAUUUGACACUUCGUGGAACAUUACUGCUUAUUUUACUUCAACUGAUAACAACAAUAGUAACGCCAACAUUGCAGUUGAUAAUAAUAGUGAUAAAAAAAGUUUUUUAGAUUAUCUGGGUGAAGAAAGUCCUGCUACUAUACUGAUUGCUAAAAAGGAAAAUUUGGCGAGAAAUAGUAGAUUUAGUAUGCAACCGGUUCGUCGUAAUAAUAGUAACAGACGUUCCAUAGCAAAAGAUAUAAGGGAAGUUCGAACAUUUCGGUGGGAAAAAAAUCGGCAUUACGAUCGUGAAAAGACUAGCUCUCAAUUAUAUGAACUUUAUGAGAGGUACAAUGAUUCUCUUUUGUUAGAUCUUGAGAACAAACCAUUACCACCGGUACCCAAGGAAUAUGCUGAUGAUAAUAUGACAACAGACAAUUUUCAAAAUGAUGAUGAUGAUUAUAACUUUCGUCAAAGCAUCAUUGAAGACUCAGAAUUACGAUCAAUAAUAGACACUUUAUCUUUCAUAUCAGAAUAUCAUAGUACAAUAGAAGCUCCUGAUGAUGUUUUUGAUGAUAAUUCAACGUCUUACACUCCGACGAGCACGGCUCGUGAAUCAUUUUCUGAAUUAUUAAUUAAUGAAGAUACUAUGCCAAAUCCAUUCGAAGAUGUAUCUGGUGUGCCAGUUUCCAUUCCGUCUACAUAUUCGGCAAGAUAUUCAAUGAAUUCGGUGAAAACGUUACCUGUUGAGGUGCAAAUGUGUUUAUCUUGUAAAAGAAAGACGACGGAUAGUGGUUAUAGCAUCCAGUGGUGUAAAGCGUGUGAAAUGAAAAGGUUCGAACAACAAUUUGAAUCUUGGUCGAGUGGAAAUGAUGAUAUUGAUUGUUUCAUCUUGGAAAGUCAAUUAAAUUCAUCAAGUUAUUUUGAUUAUUUGGAAUGGAUAUCUUUUGAUAGAUUACAAGAUAUUGAAUUAGCUGAUGCUGGUGAUUACGGUCGUGUAUUUCAAGCUAUUUGGAAAGAUGGCCCUCGUGAGAGAUGGGACAUGAAGAACAGUCAAUACGUUCGAUGUGGUGAAUGUCUUGUCGCGUUGAAAUGUUUUGAGGAUUCUCAAACCUUCUCCUCAGACUUCUUUGAUCAGUUGUCUAAAUAUAUUCAAUGUGAAAGUAACAGCGGUCAGAAUAUAAUACGUUGCUACGGGAUAACACAGGAUCCAAAAUCGAAAGAAUACAUGCUAGUAUUACAAUAUGCAAAAGAUGGGAAUAUUUCCAAUUAUUUGAAACGAAACCUUGUUGAAAUAACAUGGCAAAAACGAUUGGAAAUUUUAUACUCUUUCGCUAAAGGUCUCAAUAGUAUUCAUGAUAAGAAUUUAAUACACGGGAAUUUACAUAGUGGGAAUGUGCUAAUAAGUGAUUCUUUAACCCUUAUAAGUGAUCUUGUAAUGUCAAGUCGUCCAACGUCUAAUGAUAAUGGAUCAUAUGGAUCGUAUGGAAUUUUACCUUUUAUUGCACCAGAAUUAUUAAGGAACAAACCAUAUACUAUGGCUGCUGAUGUUUAUAGUUUUGGUACGAUCAUGUGGGAGAUAAUAACUGGAAAAAAACCGUUCGCUGAUCGUGCACAUGAUGAGAAAUUGGCGACGGAAAUUUGUAAACAAGGAUUACGACCAGAAAUUCCUGCAGAUAUUCCAAGACGUCUUGUCGGACUUUUAAAACGAUGUUGGGAUUCGAAUCCAUUUGUGCGACCUUGUGCUAAUUCUUUACGUGAAACAAUAGCCGAAUGGAUUUGUGAAAUAUCGGAAAAUACGGAAAUUUCUAUACAUUUUCAACAAUUAGAAGAAAAACGUCUUGAAAGCGUAACCAAGGUAAAUUCUCAGUCAGAUGAAGAAUAUCAUUUAGCAAUACGACAAUAUAUUGCAAAUGAAACAAAGUAUUAUAAUCUUAAAGUUAAUAGUUUGAAAGCGGAAAGUAGCAUUAUUUCUGCCGAAGUUUAUGAUAUAUUACAGUAUUGGUAA